CACGUCGUGAAAAUUGUUCCAAAAAAUAUUGGCUACUGGUGUCCAUACGUAACCCGUUUACACACACGGGUUCACAGCUACCGUUCCGAACGGCACCGGCGGGCUGCAGCCGUUGCGAGUUUCAAUUAUCGAAUUUCAGCUCAAAUUGGCCAUAACAACCGGCAUAGUGAUUAAGCAGAGUGAGGCUCGGUGUGCUGUGUGUGCUCCGUGUGUAUUCGAAUUCAAAUGGUCUGGCAAGUUUUCGCAUCCCGCCGAUAAUCAAAGCCCCCGUUUUCGGGCAAUAUUUGGAUCGGACCGGACGCCAUCCUUUGCCGGGGGCUCUAUCUCGCUCUAUAUAACGGGAUUGGGACCGGAUUAAGCGGUUGUAUAAAAAGCAUCGCCGUUCCAGCAACCAGUCGGUAAAGUGGAAUUUGCUGCCAAACGAAGCGCCUGCCGCAACCGUAGUCAAUUUCCGGGUUCCAGUUCCUAUAAGAUUCCCCACCAUCGCAAUGCAAGUGUCUGCUGUGUCGACGCAGUUACGGUCCGUACGGUUGUCGGCGACCGCGUCGGAACAGGAUUCCGACCCUAAACCGUCGACGAAUCAUGUCGACUCAAUGGAGAACACAGCGCUCAUCGCAAUGCCGAACGGCCGACCGGCAACGCCAACGGAGCCGGAAGUCGUUGAUCCAUUUUGCAACGCGGACACACCUCAGAUAAUCAGCUUUCAGGAUGUGACGUCGGCUGCGUUUAAAAUACGAAAAGGCGUCGAGUUGACUCCCUGUGUGAAAUCCCACUUCUCCGAUCUGAUUGACAUGGAUAUCUACCUGAAGAAGGAGUUUUUACAGUUCACCGGCAGCUUCAAGGAGCGUGGCGCUCGCUAUGCCCUGCUCAUGCUGUCGGAUGAGCAGAAAAAAACCGGAGUAAUCUCUGCCUCACUCGGGAAUCACGCUCAGGGUCUGUCGUACCACGGCUGGAAGCUGGGCAUUCCGGUGACGGUCGUCAUGCCGCUGAAGGCUUCGCUGAUGAAAAUCCAAAAAUGCCGCAACUAUCAUGCUGCUGUCGUUGUGCAGGGAAAAGAUAUGGGCGAAGCGAAACGGAUCGCACUGAAGAUGGGUCACGACCGUGGCCUCACAUACAUCAACGGGUACGACCAUCCGCACAUUAUGGCCGGUCAAGGUACGAUCGGGCUGGAAAUCGUUGACCAGGUGAGCGACAUCGAUGCCGUGGUGGUUCCGGUCGGAGGUGGUGGUCUCAUUGCCGGUGUCGCAACUGCGAUAAAAAAUCUCAGUCCCAGUACCAAAAUCAUCGGCGUAGAGUCCGAGAAGUGUCCCAGUUUUACGCGGGCUCUCGAAAACCAUGGGCCAAUCUUCGUGCCAAACCGGGAAACGCUGGCCGACGGAUUGGCGGUGCCGCAGGUCGGCUACAAUGCGUACGCCACCACCGUACCGUUGCUGGACAAAAUGGUGGUCGUUAAGGAGGAAUGGAUUGCAUUGGCCAUUUUGCGACUUGUUGAGCUGGAAAAGUGCGUCGUGGAAGGUGCUGGUGCUACCGGGUUGGCGGCCAUCAUGGCCGGUCAUCUGAACGAAUUCCUGGGAAAAAGAGUGGUGCUGCUAAUUUGUGGAGGCAACAUCGAUACGACGAUGUUCGGCAAGUGCCUCGAGCGUGGAAUGGCCGCCGAAGGUCGCUUGCAGAGAUUCACUGUCACGGUGAGCGACGGUCCGGGCGGCGUAGCCAAACUGUGCAACCUGAUGGCCGACCUGGGUGUGUCCAUCAAAGAUAUAAUGCAUGAACGUGCUUUCAUUCGUGAUAUUCACCACGUCGAGGUGAAGGUCAUUUGCGAAACCCGUGAUUGGGAGCACUCACAAGAGAUGCGCAAAUCGUUGCAGACAGCUUACGACAAAGUUCAAUUUUACGACAUGCCAAUGGCAAUAUCGGAAUAGUCGUCCAGGUUUACCAGUAACUUCGUCGCACUACCGCUGGUACGGAAAAAUGUGUAUCGGUUGGAUGCCGACCAAACCUGAGCUUGGUAGGUGGAGCUGUGGAGCGAUCCUUGAUUCUGCAGCGGGCUUCUGUUCAAGCCUAAAUAAAACGAGCUACU